AUGUUUUACAGAUUAAGUGCCGAAUAUUUAUGUGAAUGGGUCAAUUUCGAUUUGAUUGACAAACUCGGGCAUCAAUUUUGAAACAAGAAUAUUCGGUCACCUCAAGGAUUUCCCCUCAAAUGCUUAUUUACCAAUAUUGAAUUCGAUGUGUUGAAUAACUGACUCCGAAUCGCAAAAAUGGGAAGUAUGCCGGAAUAUAUCUUGGUCAUUUUCACUAUGUGCAUUUAUUUUGCUUACGGACAAACAUCAGCACAUUUUAGGCUUGUAACCGAAAAGGAUGAAGCUUUCGAGGGAGGAAUUGAAGCCGAUAUUGCUGUGACCAGUCACAUUCAAUGUUGUCUGGCAUGUCUUAGUAAACCUGGAUGCGCGGCGGUAAACUUUCAAUAUUUUUCGGUUGGUGUCAAUGAGAGAAAAUGCGUGCUAUUAAAGAACAUUGAUGCAGUAGCAGGGAAAAAGCAGAGACCAGGAUUUGGUACGUUUGUUGCAGUUUCAAGAUUAAACCAGGAGAAGUUUUCCUACUGCACUAGUUCGGACAAAGGUAACAACCACAACGCUAGGAUUACCAUUAGUGGCAAAGAUGUCCCUAUUUCUUGUGAGGAUCACUGGCUGGUCAUACAAAGACGCAAGGACGGCUCUGUGGACUUCGAGCAGGAUUGGGCUGCCUACAAACAGGGAUUUGGCUCACCGACAGGAGAACUCUGGCUUGGUAAUGAGUACAUUCACUCCCUGACGAGGAUGUAUCCAUGUACCUUAAAAGUGGUUGUCACAGUGGAGAACGGGACGGAGUACUGGGCACAAUACAAGCGGUUCUCUAUCGCUGCGGAGGCGCGAAAGUACGAAAUGGCGGACGCGGUCUAUGAUAACGGGACGACGGGAGAUUUCUUCACCGAUACGGCUGUCUACGGCGGGGCUCUUGGUGUUGGCUUUUCAACAAAAGAUCGUGAUACAAAUGAAGCAUGUGUGAAAAGGUAUAGAGGGGGCUGGUGGUAUUCGAAUUGCUACCAAGCCAACUUGAAUGGAGUUUACGGCGUGGAGUGUGAUAAAGAUAAGACUUAUUGCAUUAAGAUUGUGCCGCUACAAAGAUAUGGACUGAAUAUUGUCAAAGUUGUUAUGAAGAUCCUGCCUAAGCUACCUCUGUGAAGAUGACUGCGUUUUUUCUGCCUCUUCCAGUCACACUUUAUGAUUCGUAAAAACUAAAAUGUCAUGUCAAUUCAUAAACGUGAUAGGCAUAGAUAAAGUGAUGUUUUCCGGCAAAAUCGUCACCCGGUAAAAUUUUUUGGCGACUAUUAAAGUGCUGCCAUCUAAAACCUUCCGUCCUUUGACACACAGGCAGACAAGGCAGCUUUCCAGUAUGGGGAGUGACCCAUGCUUGUCACCAU